GAAAUCCCAGGAUUUGGAGCUUGCCGAGGCACCACCACUCUUUAGCAGAGAAUGCCAAUGGCCUUCUACAGUGCAGUAGAGGGACCUUUGGGGGUGGGUCUCUCUAUCUCAUUCCCUUUUUGUCCUCCUCCUUUUCCCAGUGUCUGCCCCCAAAGGCCCCUACUUGGCUUUGUUCCCUGUUAGGGACAGGCAGCAAUUUGAAGUUGGCUGCCCAUGAGUGUCUUGCUGAAGAUGGAGGGAGUGGCACUCAAAAUGGGAAGGUGGAUGAGGAGUGAAAAGGAAAGCAAAUGAAUAAAGAUAAAAUGGAAAAAAGAGGAUUUCUAAUUAAGCCAUCUGUUGUGCAUUUGUCCCCUUUGUCUCAUUCUGGGUCUGUAUUGUAGCUUAGACUCAGAGAAGGAAUCAUGGGGAAAGAGAGCCAGUGUGGGGCAGCAAUUUGAGCAUAGAGUGAAGACUGGGAGACCAGUGUUUGAAUACCCACUUGGCUGUGGAAACCCACUAAGUGACCUGGGCAGUGAUUUUACGAGGUCUACAGAUUGCUAUCUGCAGAGAUCAUCAGUUGAGAUCCUUAAAAAUAAUUACUGCACAGGUAUUUCCAUCUGUUGGCCAAGCGUGCUGGAAGCAGUUGGCUGCAAUCAAGACAUCCUGAUUCCAAAAGGAAGAGAACCAUUUGCCAAAGAUACAGAAAUAAACAGAGGGGAUGUCUGCAACCAGCGCCUUACCAUUUCUGAAGCCCACCCACUUCAGACCUCCACGGAGCUCUCCUGGGCGUCAGCGCCGGCACACUCUCCCUGCCAGCGAGUUCCGGUGCCUCACUCCUGAGGAUGCCAUCAGUGUCUUCGAAAUUGAGAGAGAAGCAUUUAUUUCAGUGUCUGGAGACUGUCCUCUCCAUUUGGAUGAGAUCCGACACUUUCUGAACCUGUGUCCUGAACUGUCGCUUGGCUGGUUUGAAGAAGGCCGGCUAGUUGCCUUCAUUAUAGGCUCCCUCUGGGACCAAGAGAGAUUGAGCCAGGAUGCUCUGACUCUGCACAAACCCCAUGGUACCAAGGUCCACAUCCACGUCCUGGCAGUCCAUCGCACCUUCCGCCAGCAAGGCAAAGGCUUUAUCUUGAUGUGGCGCUACUUGCAGUACUUGUGCUGCCUACCUUAUGUGCGCCAUGCUACGCUGAUGUGUGAGGACUUCCUUGUUCCUUUUUACUCUAAGUGUGGCUUCAAAGCAUUAGGCCCCUGCGACGUCACUGUGGGAUCGUUGAAUUUCAUUGAAAUGAACCAUGCUGUUCGUGGUCAUGCCUUCAUGCGCAGGAACAGUGGUUGCUGAGGUUAUGCCUCCCCUUUGCAUUCGUUUCCAGCUGCUCAUCAUGUUUGCUGGCAAGACCUGCUCUCAGUGAUUCCCAACCUUUCUGAUGGAACCUAGAGAUGGAUCAGAGGAGGCUUGUGGGUGGGAUGCCAAGUUGUUUGUAUGGUGGGGAAUAGGGGGCAUCUGCGGUCAAGUGCAUGUGCACACAUAGACAAAAGAAGUGUAAUAGAUGGGUCUGCUUUUAAAAAGUUUGGGAACCACUUGUGUUGUAGAUCAACAACUUGAUUUAAUUCCAUCAUUCUAGGCAGCCAUCUCUUCAGGGAAACAAAACUCUCAAGAGCCAACAGUUCCUUAAAAACACAACAACCAUACAGCUGCCUUUAAAAGCAGAAGCUAAACUUUGUCCUAUUUUUCCUCACUUGUGUUACCUUCCUUUACCCCCACCCCAUAUGUAUGGAAGGAAAAUAUUGCCCGAGAAGCCGAAAAAUGUAAUUAUUUCAGGGUAUUGAUAUUUGUCUUGGGAAAGAACUAUGUUCUGAUGAACUUACUCUCUCUGUAAAGAGAUGUUCUCAAUGCCUUUUCAUACUUGUGGCUUUCUUGUUCUGAAAUGCAUGGAAUCUGUGUUUGAAUUUGCUGUACAAUGUAAUGUGGUACUCUACAAAUAUAUGUUGCUCAAGACACAAGUACCUUUUUUCCUCAGGCAAUGUCUAUGCUAGAGAGGUGAAGGUCAAGUUCCUGCUUACAAGAGUGUGCUUAAUUUUCACAUUUCCCCGCUGAACAAGAGAAACCACAGAAUUUUACAGGCCUCUUUCUGCUGUAGUUAACACUUACUAGUAUUCUGGAGAGUAGCAUCUUCUCUGUUCAUGACCUAGACUAACACUCUACUUACUCACUACUCAGAGUGGCCUGACUGAUAGCCUGGAUCUGCUUCUUCUUUUGAUAACUGGGGAGCCAGUAGGAACUUCACCAAUAUUCCUGUUCUUGGGAGUGAGAUCCAAACUAUUCAAAUAUGGAUUUAUGCAGUUGGCUAAGCAGCAAAGCCUCUCUCAUCUGUUGCAACCACAGUGAAACAAACUUCUUAAAUACCACACACUCAUAUAGAAUCAGCAGCUGUGUUGGUUGUAAUCUGUAUUUAAAUCAACACUGCACAUUUGAAAAGAUUAUUUCUAUUCUAGCUUGAUCUAAUGGGGUUAGAUCACACUUGCUAUGGCCCAGUGUGGCCUUAGGAAGAAGACAGUUAAGACAUGCUGAUAAAUGUCUCUUUUAAUUGUUCUGGUCUUGGGAAAGGUUUUUACUCCCAGAAGGAUUAGUAAUGAAAUAAGCACACUCAGUUUUCCAAGGUUAACCUAAUGGGUAGAACAAAUAAAUUCAUGUUGGCUUGAUGUUGCAGGUCAACUGAACCUCUUCUAUAGAGAGAAAUACUCCUUAGCCCUUGCUACUGUAAACAGGAAAUUAUGCGGUCUCUAAUUCUUCAUUGUUCUGCAUGCCAUUUCCCACUUGCCAUGUAUUUUGUUGUCAGCAAAUAAAUGAUUUUUUCUUAA